UUAUAUUUUUCAACUUUCAAAACGAAGCUCCUCUUCUUGUCGUUUUCUCUCUCCUCUUUUUGUCAUUUCUCGACGCAUUCUCUGUCUGAGAACCCUCAAACACAAAGCAAACCCAACAUUCCUACCAUCUUAACCAUUUUAAUACCCACCCUUCUAUCUCAAUUUUCUUUCAUCAAUCUCUCCUUCGUCAAUCUCAGAGAUCACUUUUAAGAUCUAAUGGUGGGGGUUCAACAAUUAGCUUAACAGCGCAAUAUCGAUUCUGACCUUCAGAACUCUACUGGCAAAACAAGAGAAUGCUAAUUUAAUGAAUAGAAGCGAUAGAAAGAAAGAAAAACCACUUGCGAUCUCAAAAUAAGCAGCUUUUUGCGAGUUUCAAGAAAGUUUAUUGGUCAAUAGGAUGAUGACGUCAAGAGAUGCUGCUAGAUAUAAAAGAAAUGACGAUUCGAGUAAGGGGAAGUUAUUAAACGAAAUCGAAAGUAUUAGCAAGGCGCUCUAUUUAGACAAGAACCCGUCAAAAAGCUCCUCUUCUGCAGCUCGAAGUUUGCCUAAAUCGGUAGACAAGAGUAAUGUAUUUUCAAAGCAUGGCGGUGAUGGCCCUUCUACUAAGGAGAAGAAGUCAUUUUGGAAUUGGAAACCUUUAAAGGCUCUCUCCCAUGUUAGAAAUCGAAGGUUUAACUGUUGCUUCAGUCUCAAAGUUCAUACAAUAGAAGGGUUGCCCUCUAAAUUCAAUGAUAUUAACAUUUGUGUUCAUUGGAAGAGGAGGGAUGGAGAAGUGGUUACUAGCCCAAUCAAGGUGGUUGAAGGAUCAGCUGAGUUUGAGGAGAAACUAACUCACACUUGUUCAGUUUAUGGCAGUAGGAGUGGCCCACACCAUUCUGCCAAGUAUGAAGCAAAGCAUUUUUUGCUUUAUGCAGCAGUGCAUGGGAACCCGCUUGAUUUAGGAAAGCAACGUGUUGAUCUCACGAGGCUGCUUCCGCUUACGUUGGAGGAAUUGGAGGAUGAGAAGAGUUCUGGAACAUGGACAACAAGCUUUAAGCUAUCAGGGGAGGCAAAAGGCGCUGUCAUGAAUGUUAGUUUUGAAUAUUUGGUGUUAGGGGAUGGCAUUGCUCCUAAUAACAAGAAUGUGCUUAAGCUUUUGGAUUCAAAGUCGACGGCAAGGAAUUAUAUCAAAUCUAAUCAAGGUGAUGGUAAGGGCAUGAUUCGUCGUGCUGGAAGUCUUCCUUCAAAUCUAAAGUCAUCUUCUAUGUCUCGUACUAUGGAUAAUGUAAAAGUUCUUCAUGAGGUUCCUCCUACUAAAAUGUCUGAACUAUCUAGUUCUGUUAAUAUGCUGUAUCAAAAGUUUGACCAGGAAAACUCGGACUCUUUGAUUGAAGAUAAGUGUGAAAUUGAAUUGCCUGCAGAUAAUGGCAAGCCUGUAAAAUCAUCUCACUGUGCUCCUUCAGAUUCAUUUCAGGAAAAUAUGGUGAAUAGUGAGGAUACUGAAUUUUCAUUUAUUGAGAAAGGGACGGAAUCUUUGGAGGAGAAGUCAACAUUGGUUGAGGAUGGGGGAAAGAUCGUUGAUCAUCAAGAUUUAAAGAGCUCUGAUCUUUCUGUGGUUUACACUGAUACUGGAGUUUCUUGUCAAGAGAAAGCUGAAUUUAAAAGAGAUGAGAUUGUAAUACAUGAUUGCCACUCUGCAGAAAAGGUUGUUGAUCAUCAAGACGUAACGAGUUCUGAUCUUUCUGUAGCUUACAGUGAUGCUGGAAUUUCUUGUCAAGAGGAAGCUGAAUUCAAAAGAGAUGAGAUUGCUACACAUGAUUGCUACUCUGCAGAAAAGGUUGUUGAACAUGAAGAUGAAAGUUCCAAUCUUAUUGUAGCUUGCAGUGAUGCUGGAAUUUCUUGUCAAGAGGAAGCUGAAUUUAAAAGAGAUGAGAUUGUAGUACAUGAUUUCCACUCUUCAGAAAAGAAAGUGUGUAUCAAAGAAUCACUAUUAGAAGAUCUGGAGUCAAUUUUGAGCAAUGUUGCCGAGCUUGAGAAAGAAGGACUGGACACCCCAGAGACUAAUAGUGAAUCAAGUGAUCAGGAAAAUGAGAAUGAGGAUAAAAACAUGAUGAUGCCUUCACUUAGCUUGGAUGACGUCGCAGACACUGUCGCUGAUGAGUUUUUAAGCAUGCUCGACCUUAAUACUGAAGCAGACCCUGAGUCCCCAAGAGAGCGUCUUUUGAGAGAAUUCGAGAAGGAAGCAGAGGCUAGUGGUUGUUCGUUAUUUGGUUUUGAUAUUGAUGAAGAGGAUGUGGAAGAUUAUGACUAUUAUGCUCCCUCUAUCUCUGGGUGGGAGGAAUUUGAUGAGGAUCCUGAAUUUUUAGCAGUUGACCAGAAUGAAUAUCCGAAGAUUAGGGCCAAGGUGAUGGAAGACUUGGAAACACAAGAACUUAUGCAAGAAUGGGGCUUGGACGAGAUGGCUUUCCAAAGUUCUCCACCAAACAGCAGAGGUGGCUUUGGCAGUCCUAUUGAUCUCCCUCCUAAAGAAUCUUUGCAGUUACCUUCUCUUGGAGAAGGUUUAGGUCCAUUUAUUCAAACACCGACCGGAGGUUUUUUGCGAUCCAUGAACCCUAGCCACUUUGCGAAUGCCAAGAGUGGUGGGAGCCUAAUCAUGCAGGUUUCAAGCCCUGUUGUGGUUCCUGCUGAGUUGGGGUCUGGGGUAAUGGAUAUAUUACAGCAUUUGGCUUCAAUGGGACUUGAAAAGUUGUCUAUGCAAGCCAAUAAGUUGAUGCCUUUGGAGGAUAUCACUGGAAGAACGAUGCAACAAAUAGCUUGGGAAGCUGCACCUCAUGUGGAAGCUUCUGAAAGUCAAAAUCUGCUUCAAGAUGAGACAGAAGAUGGCAGUGUUACAUCUGCUGGAAAGAAACGAAUAAAAGAAACUUCUUCUGGAAGGAAAUCCAAAAAAAUCAGCUCAAGCUUAUCAUCCGAUGAGGCAGACUCAGAAUAUGUAUCUUUAGAAGACUUAGCACCAUUAGCCAUGGAUAAGAUCGAAGCACUGUCAAUUGAGGGUUUGAGAAUACAGUCUGGCAUGUCAGAGGAGGAGGCACCUUCAAACAUCAAUGCACAGUCUAUCGGGGAAUUCUCAACUCUUGAAGGGAAAAAGAUAACGUCCACUGCAUCAAUGGGUUUGGAGGGAGCUGCAGGAUUGCAGUUGUUGGACGUUAAGGACAGUGGGAUUGAUGGUGAUGAUGGACUAAUGGGUUUAUCUUUAACAUUAGAUGAAUGGAUGAAGCUAGAUUCUGGUGAAAUUGACGAAGAUGAGAUACUAAGCGAGAGGACAUCAAAGCUUCUAGCUGCUCAUCAUGCUAAAAGCACAGAUUUGAAUUUUCUUGGAAGGAAGGGUGAAAGAAAGGGUAAAGGUUCUGGAAGGAGGUGUGGUUUGUUGGGGAAUAAUUUCACUGUUGCUCUGAUGGUUCAACUCCGUGACCCCUUAAGAAACUAUGAACCAGUUGGCACACCAAUACUUGCUCUAAUUCAAGUGGAAAGGGUGUUUGUUCCUCCAAAACCAAAGAUAUAUAGCACGGUUUCCGAGGCAAAGGACAAUAGUGAUGAAGAUGAUCUUGAGUCAGUUGCAAAGGAAGAGAAGCAGCUGGAGCCUGAGGAAGAGAAAACCCAGGAACAUGACAAAAUUCCUCAGUACAAAAUAAGUGAGGUGCAUGUUUCUGGUUUAAAAACUGAGCCUGGUAAGAAAAAGCUGUGGGGCAAUAGUGCUCAACAACAAUCUGGAUCUCGUUGGUUGCUUGCUAAUGGGAUGGGGAAGGGGAAAAAUCUAUUUGGGAAACCCAAGAUUGCUACCAAAUCUUCAUUGCCAGCCACAGUUGCAUCUCAGCCAGGUGAUACCUUGUGGAGUAUUUCUGCUAAAUUUAAUGGCAGUGGGUCCAAAUGGAAACAAUUAGCUUCGCUUAAUCCUCACAUCCGGAACCCGAAUGUUAUACUUUCAAAUGAAACGAUCAAGCUGCGAUAAGUGAAAAGUCGUAUCAUAUGACACCUGGCUUGAUUUUCCACAGGAGGCAUGCCUUUUUGUCACCUUCCAUAAAUCAGUACAGGUUCUGUGAGGGAAAUGUUCAUGCCCUUGUAUUUAACUUAUACAAAUGUUACACACAGUGUACUGAAAGGAUAUGUACAUUAUUUUGAUGUAAAUCCCUUGGGUCGAAAUGAAAUACUUGGUAGAAAUUUGGUGUGCAAUUUUUUGUUCUUUUCUGAUAAUGGGGAAUUUCUAGUGUGUAUGAAAA